AUGACGGCACCAACCUUAGAAGAUUACUGGUACGAGGCGGAAACGCAGGAAAUCUGCGGCGUAAAAGUCCCGUCAAUUUUAAACGAUUUCAUCGAAAAUCAACCAUCGAUAGUAGAGCGCUUCUACACGAAGCUGUAUUCCGUACCGCCGAACAAGACAGACGAACCGCAGCAGAUACUGUUCCACUCCAACCGCAUCUGUCUGGUGGGAUUAGCAAAGGAGCAUGUCGCAUUUGAGAAGGGAAUUCGGAGCAUUAGCUUCGAGGUGGGCAAGUUCGACCGCAGCGAGAACAAGGUGUCGGGACGGAAGAAAAGCGGUGGAAUGAUCUUGCAGGCCGAUUCAACGCUCGCCCUGGUGACCUGCGUGGACGGCAGCGUGUAUAAGGUAAGAUCGUGCGUGCAGGGGAAGCUGGUGGAGGUAAAUGAGCGUAUCGUCAGCCGGCCGGAUCUGAUGCGCACCAGCGGGGAAGGCUACGUGGCCAUAGUGAUGCCCAAGAUUGAGCAUUGUGACGUGCUGAAGGAAAAGUUGUUGAGCGAGGAAGCGUACCGCGAGAUGUGCGAAAAGAAAUAAAGCUUGUUGUUAAGAGUAAA